UGCUUGUGCAAUCCACUACUCGGCAAGGGCAGAUACGCAGGGAUCAUCUCUGUUCAGGGGUGGGCUCCUUAGAGGGUAUCAUAUGCAAAACUCCCCAGCCAGAGUCCACUGCUCCAAUUCGCAGCUUCCACGCCUCGCCACCUGAGCUCUGUCGGUGGCGGCCUGGCUGCUUCCGUCCGCCGCUUUGUUUGCUCCACCUCUCCUCGCCUCCAUCCAGCCCCAAGUCAAGCGAUCCAGUCGCCCUCCGACCUCCCCGUACGGUUCUCGGUGACGGUGUGGCGGCGGCCUCGAGUUCACUCGUUUCUUGGUUGCGUGCGCGGCCGCCGUUCUUCCCUUUCCGUGAGGAGUGAGUGAGUCAGCGGGCGGGGUUUCAUCCGAAAAAGCUUGGAUUCUUACGAACGCCAAGUUGGUCAGCUCUGAGGAGAAGCUGAGCUGGUUGGGCGUGGAGAUUUGGGUUGACUUUGGAGGUGCCGGGCGUAGACGGGUUGGUUCUUGCUCGCUGGUUUCUUGGCUCUGAGGCUACCACCUUGCGGAUUUUUCCCGUGAAUUAGUGGCCAAGUUCCAUCGGGACCUUGCAAAGAUUGGAUCUUUGGGGCAGGUUGCUCGGUUCUUGCUUGCCUCGUGGCGAACUCUGGGCUCACUCGGAGCUGUUGUUCCUCUUGAUUUCUUGCAUUAUUGGUCGUCUCUUGCUGCGUGACAAGAGAGGCCAUCUUUUCCCUCUCAGCUCUGUCUUCUAAGCGGAGGAUUGAGCUGAUCUAGCUGGGAAUCUUGAGGCUGCAGACUUCUUCUUCUUUGCUUGCACAGUGAAUGGGUGAUCGGUAGAUUGGGAGAGAGGAAAGAUGGGCAAUUGCAUGGACACUACGGCCCGGGUGGAUCACAGCAUGAACAAUGCUUCCUACCCAUCAAAAGUUACCAGCAAGACAAGUUUAUCAUAUGUCCCUUCCACAAUUAAGACCAACUCAAGUCGUUCAACUUUGACUCUUUCGUCUAUGAGAGAUCGAAGUGAGCUUCCUACUCCUCGGACAGAAGGUGAAAUCUUGUCAUCUUCUAAUUUGAAGGCAUUCACGUUCAAUGAUCUAAAAAGUGCAACCAAGAACUUUCGACCAGACAGUCUUCUUGGGGAAGGAGGAUUUGGGCAUGUCUACAAAGGUUGGAUUGAUGAACACACUCUUGCUCCUUCAAGACCAGGGAGUGGUAUGGUUGUUGCUGUCAAGAAGCUUAAACCAGAAGGUUUCCAAGGACACAAGGAAUGGCUGACAGAAGUUGAUUACCUUGGCCAACUUCACCACAAGAAUCUUGUUAAGCUCAUUGGUUAUUGCUCAGAUGGUGAUAACCGACUUCUGGUGUAUGAAUUUAUGCCCAAGGGAAGUUUGGAAAAUCAUCUGUUCAGAAGAGGUGCCGAUCCUUUGUCAUGGGCAAUAAGGCUCAAAGUAGCUAUUGGAGCUGCUAGGGGCUUGUCAUUUUUACAUGAUGCUGAAAACCAAGUUAUAUAUCGUGAUUUCAAGGCAUCAAACAUUCUCCUCGAUUCGGAAUUCAACGCAAAACUUUCAGAUUUUGGAUUGGCAAAAGCUGGUCCAACUGGGGAUAAAACUCAUGUAUCCACACAGGUCAUGGGAACUCAUGGAUAUGCAGCUCCAGAGUAUAUUGCAACAGGCCGCCUCUCUGCAAAGGCAGAUGUCUACAGUUUCGGGGUGGUGUUGCUUGAAUUGCUCACAGGAAGAAGGGCCCUGGACAAAUUGAAGCCAGGCAUAGAGCAGAGCCUAGUUGACUGGGCCAAACCUCACUUAGGUGAUAAGCGCAGGCUGUACCGCAUCAUGGACACGAAGCUGGGAGGCCAGUAUCCGAAAAAGGGUGCCCACGCCAUUGCAAACAUUGCCUUGCAAUGCAUCUGCAGCGACGCCAAGUUGCGGCCUCAGAUGUCUCAGGUCUUAGGAGAGCUGGAGCAGCUGCAAGAUUCCAAACAUGGUUCAUCGUCACCGCAGGUCGACAUAAGGAAGACCUCACACACUGUCCCAAAAUCGCCGAUGAGAGUGCAGCCUUCACCUCGACGACGCUCACUUGGAGCAGCUUCCCCAUUGCCGGGGUAUCGCACCGCGCAAGUGCACUAGAAGGGCUACUUAGAAGAGGCCAUGUACCUGUAGGUUGCAUAUUUGUUGUUUAAGCAGUGAGCAGUGUAACCUUUGUUUCCACUGAUGUUUCACGACCAUGUGUGACACGGGAAUGUGACUGUCAUCAUAAGAUAAGUUGUCUUACCAGGCUGAA